AUGUGUAUGGAGGAAGUUGGUAAUUGGUACUUAACCAUUUUGUUGGAUAGUAACUUAUUUCAAGAUGCAGAGAAGGAUGAUUAUGGGAAUGUUUUGUACUGCAAAAUGCAUGAUCUUGUGCAUUAUAUGGUGCAAUCCAUUUCCGAAUGUAGAACUCUAAGGUUGAAAGAGCCAACUGAAGCUGAUUUUCAUGGCAAGAGCUUUCGGUAUCUUGUAGUGGAAAGAAAUUGUGGGGAAGAAAUACCACUGAAUCGGAGUUUCAGGAAAAUAACAACAUUAGUUUUAGUGGAGAGCAGAUCAAUUGAUGACGGUUUGAUCACAUUUUUGGCUUGCUUGCGUGUGCUAAACAUAGCUUCGUCAGGUGCCAAGGAUCUUCCUAAAUCAAUUGGCAAGCUAUCUCAUUUAAGGUACCUCGAUUCAUCAGAUAUUCCAGUGGAAACUUUACCGGACUCUCUUUGUAAGCUUUACAACCUGCAAACAUUAAGGCUUCAAGAUUGUAGAUCAUUGACAAAGUUUCCAAACAAUUUCAAGAAUUUGGUGAAUCUGAGGCACUUUGACUUUUUCCACAAGGAUAAAUCAAAGUUGGGUCGAAAAAUUGGACAAUUGGGAAGUCUAAAGAAUCUCAGUGGAAGUUUUGAGUUACGAAAUCUUGAAUUGGUGAGCAAUAAGGAAGAAGCCAGGUCUGCAAAACUGAUUGAGAAGCCAAACAUUGAUGUGUUGAAAUUAUUGUGGAAUGAGUCAAGGAAGAAUGACAGCGAAUGCAAUCAAGUGCUGGAAGGCUUGCAACCUCACCCAAAUUUGAAAGGUUUGAUAAUUGAAAGAUUUUUUGGUGACCAGCUUUCGACAUGGAUUGGAGAACUCGGGAGAAUGGUGAAGUUCAAAUUGCAAGAUUGCAAAAAUUGCAAAGAGUUACCAACUCUUGGAAACAUGCCUCUCCUCAAAUCUCUUCGCUUGAAAGGACUUGACGGCGUAACUAGGAUAAGCCCUUCUUUUUAUGGCAGAUCAGGCGUGCAUAGUGGCAGUACCAGUCAAAGACCCCUAAACUUGUUUCCAGCACUUGAAGAUCUCAUUCUAGAAAAUAUGCAAAAUUUGAGGGAAUGGACGGAAGCAACAGUUCAUGAUGGGACAGUGGCAGUGUUUCCAGUCCUUCAUACGGUAAGAAUUACUAAUUGUCCUCAAUUAGCCACUUUUCCAAGUCAUUUUCCACAUCUCAAGGAAUUGAACAUCAGGAAAACCCAAAAUGGAUCAGCAUUAAUGACAUAUAUUUGUAGUGGAGUCAGCACUCUCACUGGACUUUUUGUUAAGAGUGUGACUGGACUCACCAAACUACCAAAUAUGUUAUUCCAAAACAAUCCCAAGCUUGCACAUCUCGAAUUAAGAGAUUGUGGUGAUUUGACCCAAUUCUUGGAUUUUUCAUUUGAUGUUCCCCAAACUUUAGAAGGACCAAAUUGCCAAUCAGUACUUGAGCACAGUGAUAUUGACAAUAAUGCUCCUCAACAUUUGGUUGGCCUUGAGUCCCUAGAGUCAUUAAUUGUUUAUGAGUGCCACUCGCUCGAGUCAAUUUCAAUCCCCAAGGGACGCAAAUACCUCACUGCCUUGCGAGAAUUAUGGAUUGAGUCCUGCAAUGGGUUGACCCACUUGUCCGUCCCCCAAAUUUCUGAGUCAGAGUGGGAUUCCACUUCUUCACCCUCCUCCUCCUCCGGUACUUGUCCUCCUCCUCUUCCUCUUGAGCAAUUGUACGUAUCCUUUUGCCACAGUCUUAUCUCCUUUCCAAUUGAUUUAACUCGAACACCUUCUCUCUCUUUCGCGGACAUAGUACACUGUGAGAAAUUAACCGACUUGCCCAAGGGGAAGCUUUGUUCUCUUACAAGCUUGAGAUACUUACUUAUCGGACCAUUCUCAGAAGCUACCACAGAGCUGCAUUCCUUCCUAGACCUCUUUGAUGCUCUCCUACCACCGCACCCCUACUUCCCCUCCCUUUCAAAAUUAUUUCUGCAUGGAUGGUCUCGUUGGGAAUCUCUGCCCGAGCAACUUCAGCACCUCUCUGCCCUAACGGAGCUUCAACUAGCUUGUUUUGGAGUAAAAUCAUUGCCCGAUUGGUUUGAGAACCUUUCCUCACUUGAAAAACUCAGGCUCUGGAAUUGUGAAAAGCUAGAGAAUUUACCCUCUCACCAAUCUAUGAGCAGCCUAACCAGACUAAGAAAGCUGCAGAUUACGAACUGUCCCCUCCUAAAUGAAAGAUGCAAUCCAGAGAGCAGCAGCAGUAGCACCGACCCCAAUUCUGAGCAGUCCAAGAUCUCCCACAUUCCUAGAAUUGUAAUUGAUGGGAAGAAUAUCAGAGGCUAA